GUAAAAAUGCGGUUGAUGUUCUAUUUUAUUUAGUCUAUUCAGCGAAUAGAAAAAAUUCCAAGAACUGUAAAAAUAAACAUCAUGAAACUCAAUACAUUGUAUUUGUGCUGCUGUAUGUAAAUAUAUAGGUCUUUGCAUGUAACAUGUUGCUGUAGUUGUCACUCCUGCAGUUUGAAAGUACAAGACGUUUAAUCGAAAAUCAAACAAAGUAAAAGAACCCAUCAAAAUGAGGAUGUUGAUAGGAAGCAUGCUAUUCAUUUUAUUGAAAGUUAUCACAGUCGAAGCAAGAUGUGAAGGCAAGCGAGAUAUUGUUUUCUUACUGGACAUGUCAGGAAGUGUGGGUCUUCGCAAUUUCAAAUUAAUGUUAAAUACUGUUGCCAGCAUUGCAGAUAAUUUCUACAUUGGACCUUACAAUACUCAAAUUGGAGUCGAUGUUUUUUCAACUUCUGUCAAAACAGCAAUAAAGUUGAAGGACUAUAACAACAGAUACUACCUUGAACGUGCCAUAAAAAAAAUAAAGUAUAAAGGAGGUUGGACCAAUACUCACCAUGGACUGAAUCAUGUUCAAUAUAACAGCUUCUCAUAUAGAUAUGGGCACAGAUACAAUGUACCACGAAUUGCCAUUGUCCUUACUGAUGGACAAUCUCAGCAUAAAAGUAGAACCUUAAAGGCAGCUAGGAACUUGAAGAAUGCUGGCGUCAAAAUAUUUUCUGUGGGGAUAGGCAGUGGUAUUGACUGGAGUGAAGUUCGCGGUAUAUCAUCUACUGGUCGGAAAAGAGCUAGUCCGAACUGGGCAUUAAAAGUGAACAAUUUCGUCGAAUUAUCGAAAUCUUCUACUAGUCUUCUUAUUACGGAGACUGCAUGUAGUGUUGGUUCUGUGAUCAAGCCACAUGCUAGAUUUAAUGGACUCAGAAUAAAUUGAAUUAAAGAAAAAAGAUUGCAUGUACCAGGUUCUGUAUGACGAGACUAAACAAUGUUUCAGAUACUAAAUUAAACCUGCAAAAAAUUACAAACUUGUUAUAUUUAUUAAAAGUCUGUGAAUAUUU